UAUCACAACUCUGGUGGCUACACCUGCAGAGGGGUACAGAGACGCACCACUCAGAGUUCAGACAUCAGUGAUUUGGUCACUUUAACUGUGUCAGAGCGACCCAAAGCUGUUGUGUUCCUGAGCCCCAGCUGGUCUCCAGUAUUCAGUGGAGAGAGCGUCACUCUCACCUGCAGCAUACAGGGAGAGUCCCCAUCAGACUGGAGACACAGCUGGUACAGAGGAGGGCAGCAGGUUCACCCACAGAGAGGCAGGAGUGACAGUAGUGAAUACAGACUGCAGUCUGUGCAGGAGGCCCACAGGGGGGUCUACAGCUGCCAAGGAAGCAGAAGAAGAGAUGAGAGGGUGUCUUCAAAGAGUGAUGAUCUAACUCUUACUGUUUCAAAGAGACCCAAGGCUGCAGUGACCCUGACUCCUGUCAGCACAGAAGUAUUCAGAGGAGACUCUGUUACCCUCAGAUGUGAGAUACCAGAGGGGGGAAACACUGACUGGGACUACAGUUGGUAUUUCGACAGAAACCCAAAUUCUCCUCUAGUCACUGCUCAGCAGUACAGCAUCAGCUUUGCUGCUGAUCACCACUCUGGUGACUACACCUGCAGAGGGACACAGAGAGCCACCACUCAGAGUUCAGAGAACAGUAAUGUGGUCAAACUGACAGUGACAGCCCGGCCUGCAGCUACACUGACUAUGACUCCACAGAGUCCUGUAUUCACUGGAGAGUCAGUCACCCUGAGUUGUGACAUAAAGUCUUACAGUGGCUGGACAUAUAAGUGGUUUAAAGACAAGAGUAUCAAUGUUGUGUCUACUGGAAGCACAUUUACUCUAAAAGAAGUUAGUGAGUCUCAUUGUGGUGAAUACUGGUGUCAAGGAGAGAGGAGAGAAAGACCAACCUCAUCACAAAGUAGCAGCAAAACAACGAUUGAAGUCAAAGCACCAAAGCCCAAACUCACAUUAAGUCCAGGCCACCAGCUCAGCACAGGAGAGUCAGUGACUCUGAGAUGUGAGUUGGGUGUUCCCUCUGGUUUGGUGUUCUACUGGUACAGACACACACAGAUCUCUGAUCCUGUGGCCCAGACUGAUGGAAACUCCUGCAAUAUCAGCUCUGGUAAUGUCUCUGAUGGAGGGCAGUACUGGUGCAGAGCUGGGAGAGGAGACCCAGUCUUCUAUACUCAAUAUAGUGAUGCAGCUGAGAUAAAGUUUACAGAUGGAGAUGUGAUCCUGGAGAGUCCUGUCCAUCCUGUGACUGAGGGAGAUCCUCUGACUCUGCACUGUAGAUAUCGCCAUCAGCCAUCAAACAUCAGUGCUGACUUCUAUAAAGAUGGGACACACCUGCAGACCUCCACCACAGGAGAGAUGACCAUCCCUGCAGUCUCAAAGUCACAUGAAGGCCUCUAUAAGUGCAGGAACCUAGAGAGAGGAGAGUCACCAGAGGGCUGGGUCACAGUCAGAGAUGCUGGAUCCUCCAUGUUGGUGGUAGCAGUGGGUGUGGUGAUGGGACUGCUUGUUGCCUUUGCUCUGGUCAUUUCACUGGUCCUGCUGCAUCGUUCCUUCAAAGUUAAAAGUUCUGGUACAAUGAAGCGAAACCCAGACCAGAAACAUCAGACCACUGAACACAAUUCAGAUCCAGACCAGAGGACCAAUCAGAUUUCAGAUCCAGACCAGAGG